GCACUCGCGCCGUCGCUGGCCGCCGCAUCUCGUGUCCUACCCUGCAAUUAGUAGGCGAGAUUCGUUCGCCGCAUCGAUUCGUUACGAUAUAAUUGCUCCGAGGAAUUUUCAUUCGGAAAAUUUUGACCGCGAGUGCCGAGGAUUAGUGAGUGGGUUUGCUUAGAUGUAUGGGCUGACAUGAAUUGCGCGUACUACCAGCAGCACGGGGGCUCGCACCCCGCACCGCACAAUGUCAACAAUAAUUAUUUCAACGAGGAACAUCCGAGCUUACGUGGCACGCCUUUGGCGAUGUUGGCCGCGCAGUGUAACAAGCUAUCCAGCAAGUCACCUCCUCCGUUAGCGGACGCCGCAGUAGGGAAAGGGUUCCAUCCCUGGAAGAAAAGUCCCGGCGCACACUCGCCGCCUGGUGGGAGCAGCACGCCCCGCUCUCAGCCUCCUGCGUGUACACCGUAUGCACGAGGACCUACCUCCUGCGCUGCAGCACCAUCAGCUUAUGGAAAUGACCUUUAUUUUCCGUCAUCUGGAGACCAACUUCUAGGCAAAAGUGAAUCUAGUGCGAGUCUUGGUUCUAUGUAUUCGCGGCAUCCGUACGAAUCAUGGCCGUUUAAUGUAGGAGGCGGAGGCGGCAGCGGAGCACUAAAAGCUGCUGAAAUGAGUGGCGUUGGUGCUGUAGGCAGUACGUGGUGGGAUGUACACAGCGGCUGGUUAGACGUUGGUGGACAGAUGGCAAAUUAUGCCGGUCAAGACUACUCCCAACUCACGCAUUCCCUCUCUGGUGGAGCCCAUUUACUGCCGCCUGCUCCCCAUCUUCUUCAGGAUGCAUAUAAAUCAGUUUUACCAACACAAGGCUCUUUCGGAUUGCAUGGACCCGGAUCCCCAGCGCCACCGGCACAAGCACCUUCACCUCGAUCUCAACGCCGCUACGCGGGGAGAGCUACCUGCGAUUGCCCUAACUGUCAAGAAGCUGAACGACUAGGACCUGCAGGAGCACACCUUAGAAAGAAAAAUAUACAUAGUUGUCAUAUUCCUGGUUGCGGUAAAGUAUACGGAAAGACAUCCCACCUGAAAGCCCACUUACGCUGGCACACUGGCGAGCGACCGUUCGUUUGCAAUUGGUUAUUUUGUGGAAAGCGGUUUACGCGCUCCGAUGAGCUGCAGCGACAUUUACGCACGCACACCGGUGAGAAGAGGUUCGCAUGUCCGGUUUGCAAUAAGAGAUUUAUGCGGUCAGACCACCUGGCAAAACACGUGAAAACCCACAACGGAGGAAAGAAGGGUAGUUCGGAGUCGUGUUCAGAUUCGGAAGAAAACAGUCAGGGCGAGGGCGGUGCCGGCAGCCGGUCGCCCGAGCAUCCGUUGGACGUGAAGCCGAGCGCGCUGGUGUGACGGGGGCGCGCGGCGGCGGCGCUCGCGGUGCCGCAUCCUCACCACGCACCGCCGCUCCUGUGAUACUAGCCCCGCCGCCGCCGC